AUGUCUCGUUUCUUGGAAAAAUGCAAAGCUGCAUUCAGUUCCCCAGAUUCGUUCGGAGAAACGCUGGAGACCACAAAUGAUCAUGGAGAAGUUCGUUACAAUAAAGAUCUUCUCCCAAGUCCCCCGGUGGACAGAAAAUGGAAAUGGCAGCACUACUUUGCCUAUUACCUAACCAUGACUUUCAGUCCAUCAUCUUAUAACCUCGGUGCCUCGCUUGUAUCAAUCGGCUUGCUCUGGUGGCACGGGAUGAUUGCCGCCGUAAUCGGUUCCCUGAUUCUCACUAUUCUGGUAGUACUCAACAGCCGCGGUGCAGUCAAGUACUUUAUCGGCUUUCCCGUCUAUGUUCGCGCAGCCGCGGGUGUGCGUGGUGCCAGUCUCUACAUUCUCGUGCGAGCCAUUGUUGCCAUCAUCUAUUUCGCAACGCAGACAUACUAUGGGGGCAGAAUUACGACUGUAUUUAUGCGAGGUAUCUUCGGAAAUGGGUACAAUAACAUUCCCAACCACCUCCCUGAGAGAGCGGGCAUAACGUCUAGGGACUUGUUGAGCUUCUUCUUGUUCUGGCUGGUCCAAAUGCCGGUCAUGUUCAUUCAUCCUACAAUGCUCCGUCAUCUCUUCGUCGUCAAAGCCGUGUAUACCACGAUCUCGCUCUUCGGCGUUCUCGGGUGGAUGAUUUCUGCCAACGGGGGCCAAAUAGGGGAAUUUUCUUACACGACAAAGCAAAUCCGUCUAUCGGGAUCCGAUCUGAUCUGGCCUAUGAUACAGGCUAUCAACUCUGUAAUGGGUGCUCUUGCCCCUGUUCUCAUAAAUCAGCCGGACAUUUCACGCUAUGGCCACUCGUACAGCGACGUAACCUGGAGCCAGGGAAUCGGAAUCCUGAUUAGCAAAGUACUGGUCAUGUUCCUCAGUACUGCAACGACAGCAGCAGCCACCCAAGUCUUAGGGAAGAGUUACUGGAACGUGUGGGAUCUCUAUGGCGCCAUCUUAGACCAAUACUGGACGGCAGGAGCGCGAGCUGGAAUGGUUUUUGCGUCCUUUGGCAUGAUGCUGGCUGUACUCGUCACAAACGCGGGCAGCAACUCGCUCCCUGUCGGUGCAGAUCUCACAGGCAUCUUCCCACGUUGGCUCACCAUCGUGCGUGGCCAAGUACUUUGUGCGUUACUAGCACCCCUGCUCGUUCCCUGGAAGAUUAUCGCGUCUGCCACCUCGUUUCUCACCUUCUUGGGCUCUUAUACCGUUUUUCUCAUGCCGAUCUGCGCAUGCAUGAUUACCGAUUACUGGAUCAUCAGAAGGGGUAAUUUUCAUGUCCCGUCGCUGUACGUCUCAACGCCAGACAGUCCCUAUUCGUACUACAAAGGCUGGAACUUGCGCAUGCUCGCUGCGUGGAUUGCUGGAGUUGCGUUUACUGUUCACGGUGUGGCCGGUUCCUUGGACCCUGAUUCUGUUGCUCCAGCUAGCAAGAAUAUGUACAAGCUUGGAUUUCUGCUAUCGCUGUGUAUGGGCGGUUUGGUGUAUUACGUCCUUUGUUCAAUCUGGCCUGUACGUCUGCUGCCAUCCAGCUAUGAGAAGGAGCUUGCGUUCGAAGAGAUGGCCAGAAACGAGGGCUUCUUCGAUCAUGAAAACGUUGGUACAAUUACUGGGGUGCUAGAAGGUGAAGAGCUUGAGAGCCACCGUUAUGUGGCUGAUGGGAAGGACAGCAAAGCGUAA